AUGACUUCAGUGGAAGAUGAGUAAGUGUUUUCCGCAACCUUUCCGCAUGCGGAAAAAUCUCAAAAAUUCUUUUCCAGCGCAUAUUUUCCGCUUGAGAUUGUUGCGGACGCGGAAGACGCGGAAAACCAUAAAUGCGAUGAUGUUAUGACUUCAUUAACUCGUAAACAUUUGCAAUGUUUAGCCAGGUAUUAAUUAAUUAAUUAAUUAGCUAGCUAAUUAAUUAGGCCCCCUAAUUAACCCUAAUUCCAGAUUUUCGAAUAAUGAUUUGCUGGAAAAAGACGCGCUGGGUCAAAAUGCUCUUCAUUUGGCUGCGCGCGUUGGAGACGCGCAGAUUUUGAAGUGAGUUACGGUAACCUUGAAUUACAGUAAUCUAGAGCUACAGUAUCCUGAGCCACACUGACAAAAUCCUAACAUACAGUAACCCGAGCUACAAUACCUCUAGUAAAAAAUAACCUAAACUUCAGCUUCCCAAUUUGCACUUUGAAUUAGCUACAGUACCCUGAGCUACAGUAAUUUAGAGCUACAGUACCCCCCCCCCCCCCAGAUUCUCUUGCUCUCUUAAUGAGCUACAAUAUCUUACAACUACAGGACCCUGUUAAACAGUAGGCUAAUCUACAGUACCUUGAGCUACAGUAACCUGACCAAGAUUUUUUUUGCAAGUGAAAAAAUAGCCUGGUUUUGAACGACCCUGAACUACAGUAAUCUACAGUACCCCAAUCUUUCUAGAUACCUAAUCGACCCUAAUCUACAGUACCCCUAAGUACAGUACUUUGAGCUACAGUAUCCUGAGAAGAAAUACAGUAACAAGAACUUUAAUUUUCUGAAUUCUAGACCUAAGUAAUCUACAGUUAGUGUUUCGAACUACAGUAUCUUGAACUACAGUAUCUCUACAGUACCCCGUUCCAGAUACCUCAUCGAUAGACUUCCCGAGUUGGUCCAAAUCCAAUCUCAAAACGGCGAAACUGCGGCACACAUUUGUGCGGCGCAUGGUGAUUUGAAGGCCAUCGAACUAUUGUUGGGCGGAGCCGAAUUGAAGAUUGCCAUGAAAUCCGCAUUGCUCAGGUUAGCCAGUUUAUAUGAGCAAUGAUUCAUUUUUGCAUUUGCAGAGACAUCAAUGGAACUUCAGUCCUGAUGGCGGCAGUCGCGCGAGGCGACAAUCAAAUUGCACUGUGGCUGCUGAAGCGAUUCGGCAAGUCGCUGGCGAUUUUGGAGAAUAAUUGUAAAAUGCUGCCGAUACACGUGGCAGCUGCGCAAGGUUUGUAUAAUUUUGUUAGCUGAGUAUCAAAUGUGUAUAGGUACGCAGCCAAAUUUUUCAAAAUUUUUGGAUUUUUUUCUCGAAAAAUUUUUGUUCACUCUGAUGUUUUUCUGUUCUCGUGAAAAUUUGACUGCGUACCUAUACACAUUUGAUACUCAGGCAAUUAUCUCAGGUACGCAGCCAAAUUUCCAACAAAAUUUAGAUUUUUUUGUUGACUGAGUAUCUAAUGUUGUAGCUGAAUUCUUCCUAUUGUGUGAAUUUGGCUGCGUUUCUAUGAACAUUAGAUACUCAGCCAACUGAACAAUUUGGCUGCGUACCUAGAUGCAUUUACCUUUUCACAUUAGAUACUCAGCUAACUAUAACAAACUUCACUGAGUAUCAAAUGUAAAUAGGUACGCAGCCAAAUUUUCAAAAAUUCUCCAAAACCUAUCGUGUUCGAUCUCAAAAUGCUCCAAAUUCUACGUGGAAUAUAACCUGAGCAAUGUUAUUUUCUUCGCAGGAAAUCUCGAAUUCCUUCGCGCCGCCAUCAAAUUCGAUCAGAACAUGGUGUCAGCCCGGGAUGAGUUCGGAUGUACGCCAAGUGUCUACGCGAUUCAGGGAGGCUGUUUGGGUACGGUACGAUUUUUGGUGGAGAAGGCGAAGAGUGAGAUGGGAAGUGUUAGUCAUCGAGGUAAGUUUUAGCUGAGUAUCUAAUGCAUCUAGGUACGCAGCCAAAUUUUCGUUGACUGAGUAUCUAAUGUUCUUCAAUCUAUUGUGAGAAUCUAGGUGUGUGAACAUUAAAUACUCAGUCAACUGCGUACAUCAAUAAGUUGACUGAGUAUCAAAUGCAUCUAGAGGAACGCAGCCAAUUUUCUUUUGGCUGAGUAUCAAAUGUAUCUAGAUACGCAGUCAAAUUUUGCAUGAGAACAGAACAUUUGGCUGCGUACUUCUGGGGAAACAUUAGAUACUCAAUCAACAAAAUGACCUACAUUUUUUUUUUCGAAAUUUGGCUGAGUAUCAAAUGUAUCUAGGUACGCAGCCAAAUUGUUCGGUUGACUGAGUAUCUAAUGUUCAUAGGUACGCAGCCAAUUUGUUAUUGGCAAAAAAUCGUUUUUUUUACGUGGAACAAAAAAAUGUUGAAUCAAAUUCGUUGAAAAAAAUUUGAAUAAUUCAAAAUUUUUUGAAACGUAAAAUUUCCGGGAUUUUUUUGAGAAGUUAAAAAAAUUAAUUGAACUGUUUUGGCGCCAAAAAAUGCCACGUCACAGGUCAAUCACUUCUCCACAUCGCCUGCCUUUGCGGUCACGAUCACAUUGUUCGCUGGAUUUUGAGUCGCGCCGGAAACGAUGCGAUUUUGUGGACGACGAAUGAUCGAGCAACCGCGAUACACUGUGCAGCCUGUGAGUUUCCGCGCGGAUCUUCCGCGCAUUGCUCAUAUUAGCCUCCUCUUGCAGAUUCGGGAAGUGUUCAAGUGUUGGCUCAACUGCUCUCGCCGUUCGGCAAGAAGAAACGAAGCUACGUGUUGACGCUGCGCGAUUCGCGCGGCAACACACCGCUUCAUCUGGCCGCAAUGAAUAAUCAUUUGGAUUGCGCGUUGUUUAUGGUGGGUUUUAUAAUAUGAGCAAUCCCAAAAUUCUUGAAAAGUUUAACAUGAGCAAUGGUUUUUUCCGGUUUUUUAACCUGAGCGAUCCUAAAAUUCAUUUUUUAACAAAACCUAGGCUUAUUGGGUGUCAAAAAACUCUAAAUUUCAUGAAAAUGUUAACCUGAGCAAUCCCAAAUUUCAAAAAAAGACAAAGUUAACCUGAGCAAUGAUUUUUAGGCUUCAAUAAUCAACCUGGGUUUAAUUUGAGUGAAAAAACUCAAUUUUUAACAUGAGCAAUCCCAAAUUCAAAAAAAACCAAAUUAACCUGAGCAAUCCUAUCCAAAAUGAAUUUUUCAACAAAGUCUAGGCUUGUUAGGUGUCAAAAAACUCCAAAUUUCAUGAAAAUGUUAACCUGAGCAAUCAUUGUUCGAAAUUUUUGAGCCAAAACAAAGUUAACCUGAGCAAUCCUCUAUCUAAAAUGAAUUUUUGAACAAAGCCUAGGCUUGUUGGGUGUCUAAAGACUCCAAAUUUCAUGAAGACCUCGAAAAUGCUAACCUGAGCAAUGCCGAAAUAACCUGAGCAAUGCUUGCAGCUCGAAAGCCACGCCGACGCCACCCUCAUCAACAACAACGGUCAUUCGGCUCAAUCGAUCGCCGCUCUACGGCAACAUCGCGAGAUGGAGCGACUCGUCGCCAGCUACCGCGACGCACAACCGCGUCGCGGCAAAAAGAAGAAGUCCGCGUCGCUUCACGAUCUGACAAUGUACGCGUCGUUGCGAAGCGGACCGCUGAGUCCGGGACAAGUCACGUCGUAUUCGACGAACACAAAUGGAGGUGAGUUGCGGACUGCGGACUUGCGCGUCGCGGAAACGCGGAAAAGCAUUAUUUCUCUUCACAGAUUACCCACUGCCACAACUUCACACAUUCUCACCGAGUUCCGGAUAUUCGAGUAGCGGCGAGGCGGGCGAAUCGAUGUGAGUUCGCGCAAAAAAAUAAUAAUUUUUUUUUUAAAUUUCCAGUCGCAGCCAGAAUGCUGAAAUUGUUCGCCAUCGUUUGCGAUUCAUCGAGGAUGACGUGGAUUCGUUGCGUGACACUGGUGCGCAAACCGAGAUGGAUGAUUUGGAGCAAGGAGUCAAGGUGAGCCUUAAGUCUAAGGCUUAGUUAGACAUGGCCUAGCCUUAAGCCUAAGAUUUAGACAUAGCCUAACCUUAAGCCUAAGGUUCAGACUUUAGGCUUAGCCACCUAAGGUUUAGGCUUACAAGGGAACCUUUUUUACUCAACACUUCAAAUCGUGGUGAAAUUUUGUCCAUAGACAGCUUUUGCGACCAUAAGAACACCUUAAAAAUUUCAGUCUCCCAAUGGACCUCUGAGCCAAGUUCUGGGUUCUCAAAAACUCAAAAAAGGCCUAAAAAUGGUCAUAAAAGUCAUCAUAGCUCCAUUUCAAAAAUUUUUUUGGGAGAAAUAAAGUUUCAGAUAUUGAUCAGCAUAGUCGAUUACCUGAAAGUACAUAAUUAAAAACUUUAUUUCGAAAAAUUUUGAAGUUUUUUAUUUUUCGGCUGAAAAUUCAUGAAAAUUCAUAUGUGCCCCUGCUCAUUCUUUUUUUCAAAAUCAGAAAUUAUUCUGAAAAUUUGAUUUUUUUUAUAUUUUUCGGGUAAAUCGACCACGCUGAUCAUCAUCCGCUACUCAGUUUUUCAUAAAAUUGAUCAAGAAUUGAGUUAUGACGUGUUUUAUGAGCCAAUUUUGACAAUUUUCGAACUUUUGAGAGCCCAGAACUUGGCUCAGAGGUCCAUUGGGAGACUAAAAUUUUUAGGGUGUUCUUAUGACCCCAAAAGCUAUCUAUGGUCAAAAUUUCAUCAAGAUUUGAAGUGUUGAGUAAAAAAGGUUUCCUUGUUAGAAAUUAAGUUACUUAAGUUCUCUAAGCCUAAGCCUAGGAGUUCAAAAUUGAAUUUCAGGUCAUCGACGACAAAACCUGGACCGGUUUGGGCCUCUCAGCCGUGGAACAAAUCGACAAAGUUUUGGACGCCAUCGAAUUCCACGACUAG